ACAAAUAAAAAACAAAAACAAACGAUAACGACAACGACAACUAAGGGGAGAUCCGAAGUUUGAGUUCAAAAGUUUGGAAUCCCUCUCUCCUUCCCCUCCUCGUUCUCAAAAUGAUACUUUUGCAGUCUCAUUCCAGAUUUCUGCUUCAGACCUUGCUCAAUCGAGUUCAAAAUCUCGAUAAGGGGAUUGAGUUGGAUUACCAUUGGGUUGAGUUUGACGAUGUUCGCUACCAUAUUCAGGUUUCAGUGAAGAACCCACUUCAUGUUUUGCUGUCGGUAUCACUACCCACACCACCUCCAGAAACUGCUUUCGUCAGUGGACUUCCAUUGGGAGCUUUAGAAGCCAUCAAAAUUGCAUACAGUGGCUUUGUUCAAGUUCUUGAUCCUCCAAGAGAUGGCUUCAAUCUCACUCUCAAACUCAAUCUUUCUAAACUCCCUCCAGAUGAAGAGUACAAACAUGCUAUUUUGAUCAAAGUUGCAUCUGUGAGGGAAGUGGUACUUGGUGCUCCAUUAAGACUAAUUCUGAAAGGUCUUGGCUCAAGGAUGAGUGCUAACAAUAUUGACCGGCUUGUUGCACUUGUGCAUCGAUCAAAGGAGUCUUUCUUCCUCGUUCCUCAGGCAGAAAAAGUGACCGUUGUGUUUCCAAUGAGAUUCAAGGAUUCCAUAGACAUUGUCCUUGCAACUUCCUUCCUGCAGGAAUUUGUUGAAGCAAGACGCACCGCAGGACUUAAUAGCGCUCCUCUUUGUCUGUGGUCACCCACUCCUCCUUUAGAAUUGAAGGGAGCUCCUGCUGAAGCAUUAUCUGCAAAUGCAGGCUUUGUAACCAUUGUUAUUUUCCCUCGACACGUAGAAGGCAAAAAGCUGGACCGCACAGUUUGGAGUUUAUCAACUUUUUAUGCAUAUGUUAGUUAUCAUGUUAAGUGUUCAGAGGGUUUCAUGCAUACACGGAUGCGGCGUCGUGUGGAAUCCUUAAUUCAGGCUCUCGAUCGCGCCAAGCCGAAUGCAGAUAAUUCCAAGAAAACAGGGAACAGUGCAUCUUUCAAGCGACUGAGUCUGAAGGAAGGACGGGCCAGUUGGAAGUAAUGAAGGCCAUUGAUGCACACACAGGUGCUUGUGUAAUUUGUUAAUUGUUUGGUAGGAAAAAGAAAAAGAAAAGAGAAAAGAAGAAACUUUGUUUAGUUGCUAACAUGGCACAAUCUGUUUCCAUUUGAAACUGAGGAAAUCUCAAGCUUAAUUUUAAUAGUCCAUAUUACAUGUACACUUCUGGUUUGAGAUUGAAUAUUAUUUAUUUUAUUUUAGUUUCAUUGUUAACCUUUCA